UCGAAAGGAACGGACGAGAGGCUCAUCUAAAGCGUCGAAAGAACCGAGACGGUCCGUACGGAGAUUCCGACAAGUGGGAUGGAAAAGGUGCCGGCGAGUGAGGAAGGGGACAUAAUUUUUUCAAUGUGCGUUGGUGGGAUCAGAGCGGGUGGUCGGCUCGGCCAGCGACGAGUCCGUUCACUAUAGUCCCCGCUAUGGCAAGUAUAGGAUCGAGUAGACUUUGUGCUCACGCGGAGAAACUGUGCCAGUACGGACAUUUCACCCAAUUACGGAGGAAAGUUUCGACGACAUGUGCGAAAUCGCGACCGGAUGCCUCGCGAACGAGCGGCGUGCUCUUCCAACACUGCCAGAACAAAACGAAUACGCGAGACAGCAGGAUAGGUCUCGCGAGGGCAACGAGCACUAUGCAAACGCAGAUGCCUGGAUCUUUGCCCGAUUACCAAAUCGAUCCUUACAGACUUGCAGAGGAUGACCUUAAGGAUAUGUUCGACGACAUACGACUGGAACUUAUUAACAGCACUACGCAAGAAGAGCUGCGACCUAUAAGCACGUAUUACUUGGAUGGCCAGGGAAAAGCGAUACGACCCAUACUUACCAUACUCAUGGCACGAGCUAUUAAUUAUCACAAGGGAAGAAACGUUCUCUCGCAUGCGCAACGACAAGUAGCGAUGAUCUCCGAGAUGAUCCAUACCUCUUCCUUAUUGCACGAUGAUGUGAUCGAUCAAUCAGACAUCCGUCGAGGCAAACCAUCGGUGAAUGUCGUCUGGAGUCAAAAAAAGGUGGCCAUGACGGGAGAUUACAUCUUAGCAGUUGCCUGUAUGAUGAUUUCCAAACUUCAAAAUGAUGACGUGAGCGUCGCAAUCAGUCAGAUAGUAGCUGAUUUGGUGCAAGGAGAAUUUAUGCAGCUUGGUGCGAAAGAAACGGAAAACGAAAGGUUUGCGCAUUAUCUCACGAAAACCUAUCGAAAAACGGCGAGUUUAAUCGCCAAUUGCAGUAAAGCGGUCGCUAUACUUGCCGAGGUUGACGAUCACAUGAUAGAAAUGGCCUUCCAGUACGGCAGGAACGUUGGCUUGGCGUUUCAAUUGGUGGACGACCUUCUGGAUUUCGUUGCUUCUUCGGAGGCCUUGGGUAAACCCACUGCCACUGAUCUCAAGCUCGGAUUAGCGACAGCCCCGGUGCUUUUUGCUUGCGAAGGGUAUCCGGAAUUAAACGCGAUGAUUAUGCGUCGUUUCCAAGAACACGGUGACGUCGAGAAGGCUUUCGAAUUGGUGCACAAGUCUAAUGGCCUCGAACAGACAAGAUUUUUGGCGAAAAAACAUUGCAUAGAAGCUAACAAGAUCAUACAAUCCUUCGCUAAGAGCCCUUAUCAAAAGGCUCUCAGCAUUAUGGCUGAUUUGGUUAUCAAUCGUAUGAAAUAGCACUGCCAGAAUGAAGAACUUAGAACUGGGAGAUGGGAAGGGGGAAGAAUUUCGAUUUUAUAAUUAUUUAUAUAAUUGUGGUGAGAGAUAAAACGGCUAGGAAGCUCAUUUUUGUCUCGAUUUGUAUCAAUCAAAUACGAGGAUUGCAUCGAAGAAGAAUUUUUCUCAAUAUUAUAUUAUUAGCCGGAUGAUUUAUUG